GCUCACGACGAUCAGACCCGUCAGGACCGUUGCUCUGAAACAGCUUUCCUUCCAUCCAUACUACCGUCAGCUCGAGUGCUGGUGGUGUCCCGAGCCCCUCAUUCCUCAUGGGCAGUUAUUACGCAAUAUCCGACAAUAUGGCUGGUUCCAGCAGACUGUAUCUCGGAUCUAGAGCCGGCUCCGAUCUGGAUACUCUGACGGAUGAGGAUGAAGAGUUCGUGUCAAGUGCUAGCACGACUUCUCAUGGGUCCGAGGAACGGGCAGAGAAACGACCCGAGCUGGAGACAAUCGAGGCGGACACCUUACAUGAUGGGCUGAUGGCACCCCCCAGUGGUGUUUCAAAGACUGUGCACUCGGGAGAUCAGAGCUAUCGUUCUGGAAAUAUUUUUAUACCUCAUUCAAUAUUGAAGGGACCUCUGCGCUUGCUGGAUCUGCCGAUGGAUAUACUGCAGGAGAUCAUUAAAGAGGUGACGCACACCAACGACCUAACGUCUCUUGCCUUGACCUGCUCCGCCCUUCACUCCUUAGCGAUCCCCCAGAUGUAUUCGCGGUUCGAUAUCGUUUGGCCCGAGACGCUAUCGGCUUCCGACCAUCCAGCUGGUGUGGACGCUCUCUCUUACGGUCUUGCAACGCUCGUUAUGGGCGAGGACAUAUUUCACGAGUUACCUCCCAGAUGGGCGCACCCUUGUCCCCAUUGUGGCUGCAGCAACCCCGCCCCCGCCCGCGAUGAGGCGGAUACCCUACUGCGAGUCCGUCGUGGCAACUACUAUGCACAGUAUACGCGCAAGUUCUCGGUCGGAAACGGUCCUCUGGCGUGGGUCCAAGAAUACUCUGUGACGAAAGAGACGGGGAAAAUGCUCGGAACACUGGUUGCUCUAGCGGUGGCCCGGAUGGUGAAUCUGGAGACGUUCGUGUGGGACAUGCCGACCGGGGUCUUGAGAGAUGUGUGGAUCGCACUUUCGUCGCUAGCUAAUCGGCCCGGUCAUGAAUGCCGCCUGGAGCGCGUUUGGAUCCGUUGGCACGACAACUCUGAGAAUACCAUGCGUCCGUUGGCGGGGCCUCCUACCGCAUCUUCCGUGACGCUUCCAGAGACGCAACCUGCGUUGACGGGCGCGACUAGUCCCUCCCUGCUCCAGAGAUAUGGGCAUGUAGAGUACCCUUCUCUGUCGAUCCUUCCACCGCUCAAGAGCCUGAGUGUUCUUGACAUAGAUGAACCGUCGUAUCUCGAAGAAAUGGCCGUGCUUAUUGAGCGGUCCCGAAACCGACUGAAAGAACUUCGUAUUGGGAUUUCCAACAAGGUCUACCAAGCGUCCUGGCUGAAGCCAGCGGGAAGCUGGCAGUCUGAGCAGCCGUCUCGAGCCAGCGGGCCUCCAGGAUGGCCUAAAUCGGGUGGCGUGCUUGGGGCUGUACUAGGCAGGUCUGAGGAGCCCACGGUCCCUCCGCCGGCUCAGGGGGCGGCGUCCUCCAAACAGGGACCAGGAAGUCAGCCGGUGUUUAGCCAGGCAGCUGCCAAUGGUACCUCGUCGGGGGCUUCGCCCCAAUUGACAGACAGCGUCGCUGCAAUUACGAUGGACCUGCAAAACACGCAUAUAUCGAACGACGCCGGGGAGCCACCAUCUGCCGUAGGGGCCAAAAACCCCCGAGUGGUCCCAAACACUUCCGCGGAUACCAGUUUUGCCGUGUCGGCCAUUGCCCAUCAGUUGAAGCUUGAGAUUUUGGAAUUGGAGCGCGUCACCCUGUCCAUUCCAGUGGUGUUGCAGUCGCUGGAUUGGACCCGGCUGACCACCCUGACGAUAUUCCGCUGCGAUGGCCACGAGAAACUCUGGCGAGCUCUUCGCCGGCAAUUCUCUCCGCCUGCCACCCGCUCGAAGCAUGGGAAACGUGAUGGAAGCGACCAGGGUGGCUCUGAGUAUCGGUUGCAGCUCAAGCAUAUCCAUACGGAUGCGGUGUCGCCCUAUAUGUUGCUGUUUAUUAAAGACACCCUGGCACCCAACACUUUAGAAACGCUGUUUCUGCACGAGGCGCCGAUGUACGACUCGAUUGUGCAUAUUGACGCGAUCUACAAGAAUGCGAUCCGGACCCACCACCUGAGCUUACAGAAGAUCCUGGUAGAUAGUACCCAGCGGGCACCCGGAGGGAAUGAGAUGCCCAGUGUCCGGUGGUACAAGUGGAUGUUUACACGCCAGAUGAUCACAUUUCUUAGCAGCGGACGUAUGCCCCGGCUGCGGGAACUCUCGGUGGCUCUGCACUCGAAGGACUGGCAUUUCUUUCUCCAGCGGCUCCCGUACAUGGCUCAACUGCGCUCGCUCCAUGUGCCACACAUUGCCCGCCAAGUGCACCGAGACCCGAAAGAACUGGCGCUGAUGAUCCUGGAUAUCGUGACCAUCCGCCCGGAGGUCGGGAUUACAUAUGUGGGUAUACAGAAUAAGUGCUACGAGAUUUUGGAGGCGAAAGACGGGGAGGCUGGCGAGUUCUAUGACACGGAUGAUAGUCAUAGCGAAGGAUUCGUGCCGGGAGGGGAGGAAUGGGCGGGGUCCGACACCAACGAAGAUGAAUCCGAGGACGACGGGGCAGUCAGUGCGAUGGACUCGCACUCUGAUCUGUCCUCGGAUGACCGAGGAUCGUCCGACGGAGAGGAUUCGGACAUGGACUGCAACAAGUCUCGGAUGUCAUUUCGGCUGCGGGAGAUCUUGUUCUACGACGACAAGAUUUCCAUCUUCAAGGCGCGGCAUGGCGUAUUGUAACACGGGAUUGGGCGUUGGUGACAUUGGCAUUCACGAGAUACCAUGAAGCGAUUUCGGUAAGCGUUGAUAGUGAUCUGGUAUAUUAGUAUUGGCUAGAUUGAAUGCAGCAGCCGUAGCAGUAGGAGUAGCAGUAGCAGUAACCAGCGGUCACGUGCGGGCGGUCAGCAGCUCAGCCUCUGCGGCAAGUCGACCAACGAACCUCAUGAGAAACUGACUGA